CAUGUAGGGAUCUUGGAGAUGGUUCCCAGGCUGUCUCCAUCCACAAUUCGAAUGAGAACAGAUUCAGUCACGCUACAGGCGGGAACAGCAAGUUCUGGAUCGGUGGUCAGUGCACAAGGGGAAGAACCCAUGGCGGUAGACAUCCAGGAUUCCGAUGGUCUGAUGGUACACCCUGGAAUUACUCUGCCUGGAAGAGCGGGGAACCAAGCAACAGCUUCGGAAAUGAGGAAUGCAUUUGCCAGGCUGAUAGAGGUGGCGAUGGCUGGAAUGACGUACAUUGUAGAGACAGACACGCUGGUGUUUGCAAGAAAAAUGUUGAGGUUCCUGUUAGUUUCAGCCUUGUUCGCAGUUGCACUGGCUCAGGACCAAUGUUUUUGUGGGUCUGGACCAUGGGCUUACUUCAGAAAUUACUGCUACACUAAGACGAGUGGUUCGAGAUACAACUGGGAUGAAUUCGUAAGAACAUGUAGGGAUCUUGGAGAUGGUGCCCAGGCUGUCUCCAUCCACAAUUCGAAUGAGAACAGAUUCAGUCACGCUACAGGCGGGAACAGCAAGUUCUGGAUCGGUGGACAGUGCACAAGGGGAAGAACCCAUGGCGGUAGACAUCCAGGAUUCCGAUGGGUUGAUGGUUCAAGAUUCAGUUUCACUGCCUGGAAGAGUGGGGAACCAAGCAACAGCUUCGGAAAUGAAGAGUGCAUUUGCCAGGCUGAUAGAGGUGGUGAUGGCUGGAAUGACGUACAUUGUAGAGACAGACACGCUGGUGUUUGCAAAAAACGUGCAAGGCAAAGGUGCUAAGGCCAACAAAGGAGAAACCAUGUGACAUGAGGUUUAGCUGGAUGACUAGAUAAUAACUUAUCGUGC